AUGGCUCGAGGCUUGCGAGCUACUUGGGCUCGGCUCGUCGCAGGCUCGAUCCAAGCCCGACUCUCCAAGAGACAGAGCCAGAGCUGCGCGACGGACCCCGUGUCAGGUUCACCGGUAGCGGCUCGGCUACUCGCUCGAGCUCGGCUCGUUGGCAGCCCUUACCUGCCUCCCCUCCGGGUUCCCCUGCUCGUCUUCGUCCGCGCUGGUGGUGGGGGGCAUCCAACCCGGCGCCGCCGAACCCUUCCUUUCACCCGGCUUCGCCCCGCCGUAGUCAUCCUCCUCUCCUCCGGAUCCUCCACUGACGGCCACUGUUCCUCUCUCGCUCGAGCGGGCUUGGGGAUCUGUCCGUCCCGGGGUCUUUUUCUGCGGGAAGAUGGCAAACAUUCGUGCACUUCUGGUCGGUUUAUUUACUUGCAAUUGAAGAUUGUUGGAAUAAAAAGUAUGAUUUCUUUCCAGGCCAUCACUUCUAGCAUCUCUGGGCGCACAUUACAAGAUCCCCAUGCCAGCCCGCUGGUUCUCAUCUACAGGGCUUCCUCCACAUCUGGUGGUUGGAAUGCCAGCACUAUCUCCUACUAUGGUAACAUCGCGAAAUGGAGAAAACAGGAAGGAGACAAGAUUGAGGUUGGUGAUGUGAUAUGUGAGAUAGAAACUGAUAAAGCCACUCUUGAGUUUGAAAGCCUUGAAGAGGGGUAUCUGGCCAAGAUUUUAGCACCUGAAGGUUCUAAAGAUGUUCAGGUUGGACAACCCAUUGCUGUCACGGGCGGCCACUUCUCCGAACGUGUCAGCGAGCUGGAGGGGCGCGUCCAUGAUCUGGAGAUGGUGAGCUACGUCGAGAUCCAGGAUGAGCGCGACGAGUGGGUCACCGCCCUCGAGUCCGCCUCGGAGGCGUUCGCAGCCUGGCGUCCCCGGAUCGAGAGCUCCCUCUUCACCAUUCGAUCGGAGCUCAAAGCCUAUAAUCCUAACCCUGAUAAACUCUACUUUACUACUCGCUUCGUUGAUGGUUUACGCGAAGACAUUCGGUCUGUUGUUAUGGUUGCUCGUCCCCAAAACCUCGAUACUGCUUAUACUCUCACCUUGUUACAGGAAGAGGCGCUGGACCAAGGUAUCCACAAGGAAUUCAAGUGCUCGGAAGCGUCACCGUUCGCUCGCACGGCAACAAUCAAGGGUGCUCUUCCCUUGCCUCUUCCACCCAGGCGUCCCCAAGUUGUUCUUGAUCUAGUUGCUGAGAAGCGAGUACCAAACAAGUCUACUUCCAUCGAUGACAAGCUAUCCACACUACGAAUUUAUCGUCGAGCUCGUGGACUCUGUGUUCGCUACGGCGACAAGUGGGCUCCAGGCCAUCGAACAAUGCAAUUUGAAGGAUCACUGCUGGGCCGUGACGUCAUCAUUUUGGUGGAUUCCAGAAGUAGCCAUUCCUUCUUGAGUUCCUGCCUUGCAACCGGUCUGCCAAACCUGAGGCCUCUUCCUAAACCAAUGACAUUGGGCUCCUAUGACAUGAUUGUCGGUAUGGAUUGGUUAGAGGCCUUCUCACCUAUGAGGGUUGAUUGGCAACACAAGUGGAUGGGCAUUCCUUAUGGCCAGCACCAUGUUGUCCUUCAGGGCCUGUUGCCGGAUUUAGAUCAGCAUUCUAUCAUGCAACUUUGUCACAUUACUGCUUCCGCACCUUCACCUGCACCACCUGAGCUUCCUCUAGCCAUCUAG